UCUGGGAGCGCGCUUAGUGAGGGGAAGAGUCUUCCCGUUUGUCUCGUCAUCCAGAGCGUGGCGGAAGAGGAAGCCAAAAGUUAUUAUUUUCCUUUCGGUUUCCUUUGAGGCUUUUGUUUGACGAGGGAGGGAGGGCCUGGCUCCCUCAGACGCUCGGACUCACUUGCCGGCACCAUGAGCGAAUCGGCGGCGGCGGUGCUGUUGGAUCUCGCGCACGCCUGCCGCUGCGGCUGUACCGAGCGGCUGUUCCGCGAGGAGGCCGCCGCCGCCACUGCAGACGCGCACCUAUUGGUGCUGUGCGCGGGCUCGGCCCGCAGCGCCGUCGUGGACGCGUCGGUUCGCGCGUGGAGCGGCGGGGGGGGAGCGAGAGUGUUGCUGGACUGGCGCGCCACAGCCGCGUGCGCGUACCGCCUGAAGCGGGCGGCGGACGAGGCCGGCGUGCUUUGGCUGCGCGUCAUAACUAGCCCGCGGGGGCGCGCGCUGCUGCUCGGCUACGAGCGCGCGCUCUUCACGGCCCUCUACAAGUUCACGUACCGGCUGGGCUGCGGCCCGCGGCCUCUGCGCGGCGCCGACACACCUGUCCGACAGGUGGAGGGUGACGUCACGGUCCUGCUGCAGGCACUUCCGGCGGUGGGCGGGGCCAUCCGGCUGCUGACGUCGACGCUGAUCCCAGAGUGCUUCGGCCACGGCUUCAGCACGCGUGCCGGCGGCGUGUCGCUCGUGCCCACCUUGUCGUCGUUGAACCUGUUCAGCAGUCCCAGGAGACGAGACUCGGCGGCCCUGGUCAACGAGAACCAGCGCCGCCUGGCGCUCCACGCCGGAUUUUACCCGCGCCCGCUACAGAUGCUCAAGGUGGGUACGUGCAGAGUUCUGUUGUCGGUCCUCCGGGCUCUUCUGAGCAAAGAGGCCCGUCGCGGCGCAGGUGGAGCAUUCCAGUCGUGUGUGGGUGCUGGGGAAAGCCGAGCCGGAGCGCUACGACGCGGCGGUGACGGACCAGCCCGGGGCGGUCCUGGCCGCGCCGGGCGCCGACUGCGUCCCAAUGCUCUUCGCCGAUCCCGUGGCCAAAGCGGCUGGAGAGGAACGCUGCUGGGCGUCGCCACGGCAACGGUGUCGGCCAUGGCGACCGAGCUGGGCUGCGUGCGCACCAACAUCCGUGUGGUCUUGGGCCCCUCGGUCGGGCCGUGCUGCUUCACGCUGGAGCCGGAACAGGCCGCCCGCUUCCGGCCGGACUGCGUGCGCCGUUCACCGUCGCGCAGGCCCAACGUGGACCUCCGACUGGCCAACAGGCUGCAGCUGCAGGAGGCGGGCAUCCCGGCGCUGCACAUCCAGGACGACCCCAGCGUGGCGCCCUGCACGUCGUGCCACCCGGGAGACUUCUUCUCGCACGUGCGGGACGGAGCCCACUUUGGCACCCAGGUGGGCUUCCUGUGGCUUAAGGAGGAGGCGGCGGCCGUCGGCAAGGCUUCCUCGGGACGCUUGCGAGACUGAAGCGCCGCUUUGGCGAGACCGAAGCGCCGCUUUGGCGAGACCGAAGCGCCGCUUAGCACCUAGCAACCACUUAGACGCAUCCUCAGGUUGCAGUUUGUGCCGUUUGGAGUCACGCUGAUGUCUACUGGCGUUUGUGUUUCAUUGUGCUCCCGUGGACUUUUAAGACCGGUCUGUUCUCGGCUUUGAAAGCAAGUUUGUGCAAGCGCUUGACGGUCGGGCGGGGCUGAUACAAACAAACAAAGUGCUUUAAAACCUCA